AUGCAAAUGUCGAAAUGUUUAUGUCUUGUGAUUAUUGCAGUGAUCGUCAUUGUAGCUAAUGCAUCACCAGUUAGACAAAGACGCAGUGGUAAAUCUGGAUGCAGCAAUAGCAAUGGUCAAGGCAACUCAAACGGUAAUUCUAAUACAAACAAGGGCAAUGCACAACCCUAUACACUUAAUCACGGAGAUUAUUAUUAUACUAAUAAACAAUCUACUAUUACAAAUACAGAAAAUAAAUGUUCAUCAGGCGCAACUCACUGUUGUAAUAAUAGUGGUAGUUCAAGCUCUAGUGGCAAUACCAAUACUAAUAGUCAGCAAACUGCAUGUGAUAAUGUUGCAACAAGUGGUUCCAGUGGUACCCAGUAUACAGGAUGUGAUUCAAGUCAAAGUUGUUGUCAAGGAAAUACCGUUAAUGGUCUUGUUAGUCUUCAAUGUUCAUCAGUUUCUACUAGUUCCUCUCCUACUAACUAA